AUGGCGGUCUUCCACAACCUGCUGCUGAGGUCUCUCAACACGAUAUAUCUUCAAGCGCCAUAUGUCAAGGACGGGGAUAAGAAGGCCUUCGUGGGCUAUGCGUAUUGCUGGUAUGACGCGAUAGAUGCACAUCAUACCGGCGAGGAGAAGGAGUUCUUCCCUUGGAUUGAGGAGGCAGCAGGCGAGAAGGGUAUCAUGGACGCGAAUGUUGAGCAGCAUAAAAUCUUCUCCGACGGAAUCGAGGAAUAUGCAUCCUAUCUGCGUUCCCUAAAGGGCAGAGAGCGCUCUUUUUCCGGUCCCCACCUCCGAUCCAUCAUCGAUUCCUUCGGCCCUACCCUACACCAGCAUUUGGCGGACGAGAUACCUUCGCUCCUCGCUCUGAGUAAAUACGGAGACAAAGUUCACCUCAACAGACUGUGGGACAAACAAAGCAUUGGGAAGUUCACUUUGCACUCGGCGGUGACACGGAUCCCAUUUUAUUUAUGUAACCUGGAUCGAACCUUUGAGGGCGGUCUCUGGAAGGAUUUCCCAGAAGUCCCAAAAGUGGCCAAGGCGUUCAUGGGGAAUUGGGUGUCGCGGCUGAACGGAGCGUAUUGGAAAUUUGGGGCAUGUACAAUGGCUGGUGAGCCCAAAGAAUUGUUUGCCCGGUGA